UCGUUGCGGGUUCGGUGUCGGCAGUGAGUUUAGCAUCUGUUUGUCAUGACAGGAGAGGAUUUAACAGUCCUGUGAUCGGGUGUGGAAAUGGAGCAGUCGGAUCCUUCUCCGUUAAAGCGUUUUGUUCUGGCCAAAAAGAAGAUCGGAGAGGUUUUUGAGCAGCUUUUAGUUUACGUUCAGGAGGGCUCGGAGUUUGUAAAAGAAACCUGUAAUAAUGAGUCGCUGGAGAAUAUUGCAAACAGGAGGCAGCUGGAUCAGAUCGAGGCGUACACGAGCAAACUGUCCACCAUUAAAGAGGUGUUAGCUCGCAGACACAUGAAGGUGGCUUUUUUCGGCAGAACAAGCAAUGGCAAGAGCACGGUUAUCAACGCCAUGCUGCGUGACCGCGUGCUACCCAGCGGCAUCGGCCACACCACUAACUGCUUCCUGAGCGUGGAGGGCACGGAUGAAGACAAGGCCUUUCUGAAGACCGAAGGGUCCGAGGAGGAGAAAAGCAUCAAGGUGCGAAAGCAGCACACGGACAGGUGUGUGAACUUCCUGGUGGAGGAGCUGAGGGUUGUGGAUCGAGCUCAAGCGCCGAAUCGUAUUUUCUUCGUGUCGGCGAAGGAGGUGCUGAACUCACGGAUGCAGCGGGCGCAGGGCAUGCCAGAGACGGGUGGCGCUUUAGCUGAAGGGUUUCAGGAGCGACUGAAGGAGUUCCACAACUUUGAGAGAUCGUUUGAGGAGUGUAUCUCGCAUUCAGCAGUGAAAACAAAAUUUGAGCAGCACACAAUCAGAGCAAAGCAGAUCACAGAAACGGUCAAAGAUGUCAUGGAUCAAAUCAACAUCGCCGCCGCGGACAAGAGGGUGCUUUCUCUGGAGGAGAGAGAGUAUCUGAUUGACCGACUGGAUUUCGUUCGCAAUCAACUCAACCUGCUCAUCCAGGACAUCAAGAAGAAAAUUGAGGCCAUCACGGAGGAGGUGAAACACAAGGUGUCGGAUGGCAUGGCAGAAGAGAUCUGCCGUCUGUCUGUGCUCAUAGACGAGUUUCGUGCAGGCUUCGACCCGUCACCAGACGAGCUCAAAAUCUAUAAAUCUCAUCUUCUCAGCCACAUCGAGAAGGGCAUGGGCAAGAACCUGGCCUUCCGCUGUUCUGAUGCCGUAAAUGCCUCGGUUCAGUCGUCUCAGCAGGACAUGAUGGAGUGUCUGAAGCCUCUGCUGCCCUCUGCUGUCCAGAGCCAGCUGCACAUGCUCAUUCCCUGCAGGAAGUUUGAGCUCAGCUACGACCUCAACUGUGCCACCCUUUGCUCAGACUUCCAGGAGAACAUCGAGUUCCAGUUCUCUUUAGGCUGGACCACGCUGGUCCACCGUUUCCUAGGUCCCGUCAACGCCAAACGUGCCUUGAUGCUGGUGGAUCAGAACCUACCGCUGACGGCACCGACCACCCCUUCGGCUCCAGCGGUGGUUCAGUCUCAGAUCCCCAGAGCUCAAGGUCAGAAUCAGCAAUCUCUGGCACAGGAAGAACUCAUGAUGUCUAUGGUGAACAACCUGGCCUCGGUCACCUCUCGCACGUCUAUGAGUGUGAUCAUCGUUGGAGGAGUGGUGAGAAUUAUCGCCGUUUCUCCUCAUUGAUGCUUUAGAUUCCCCUUUAUUUUCUAU